ACACUCAAGCUCCUCUAGCAUCGAGAAAAUAAGAAGCUGAAGAGACGUUGUCAAAAUCGUGCUGUUGAGAGAGAACUCGAAGUAAAAAAUAUGAGUGCGCCCUGGGGUUCUGGGGAUGACGCUUGCUCCAUCGACAAUUGACAGGACACCCCUUCGACUUCUCGAUAAAUAAUUCAGCUUCUUGUACCUGUUGUCAACGAUUCACGGCCAUCAGGAUUCAAUGAGCAUCAGACUACAUCUAAUUCAUUAUCUGACACUCAUGAUCUUGGGAGACAAUUGAAGGGAGCAUGGAUGCAAGGGGACUUUCAGCCUGAUAUAUUCAACUCACCGACGAUUUUUGGCAAGAUGACGCAGGCCAACAGGAAACGAGGGCGCAGUAUUGAAGACGAGAGCAGUGAAUUCACCCCCUUAUCGAAAAGGAUAAACAAUCUGCACAUAAACAAUCUGGGAAAACUAUGCGAGGUGCCCACGGAGCCAAUAGCAGAUGCUGAAUGGUCAAACCGCAACUUCGUGCCCUCUCCAAAUCACUCGGAGCCCUCGCAGAGCUCGUCGUCCUCCGAUGGUUUCAGCAAUGCAACCCAGAAUAACUUCGUACCCCUGGAUUAUCAGCCUGACCUCAGCCCCUCCGAAAAUCCAUACUACUACGAGAACAACAAACUCCUGUAUUCCCUCUACGUCGAACGAAUGCACAGACGUGUCAAUUACGAUCUUUAAUCCUCGAAGGAUGAGAAACUCAUCUGUUACAUUCAUUUCAACGCAUUUCCUCGAUUAUUCGAUGUGAGCGGUGGCUCAGGAAUAAAAUUAUUAUAAUUAUUGUAAUUUAGCAUGAAUUAUGGUAUUCAAUUAAAUAAAUUUUAUUUCUCUCUUUUCUAUGAUGGCAAUUCUUUAUUUGUGGCAGAAUUUGCAGGUGAGGAAUUGGUAUUAUAGUUAAGUAAUUAGGGGAGUCUAGGGUAAUGUCCACGUAUUUUUAUUUAAAUUGGUGUAAUAGUACUUAAUAUUGUCUUUCUUAGAUCACAGAAUGAGUGUCUAAAAUAAUAAGCGCCUUAUCGAAAGUUAUUUAACUAUUAUCGAAUUUAAUAUCAAAUUUAUGGUUUAAACAAAUCAUUUUUUACGUGUUUGACGACGUAAUUAAUUUCAGACUA